CAAGCUGCUCGUCCGACCACCCUACUUUGUCGGUCAUACUACUGUACUCUACACCUUCUGACCCAGUCUGCCGUACACCAUGGAAGCAUUGGAUCUCAACAACUUGUUCGGCGUGAAGGACAAGGUCGUGCUGGUUACGGGCGGCAGUCGAGGCAUUGGCAAGAUGAUUGCCACAGCAUUUGCGUUGAAUGGUGCGAAGGUGUAUAUAUCGUCACGUUCGGCAAAGGACUGCGAGGCUACCGCCAACGAGCUGAACGCCUUGUGCCAAGAUGUGAACAAGGCUGGCGGUGGACAGGUUAUUCCCAUCGCCGCGGACCUACAGAAGCUGUCUGAGGUGGAAAGGCUAACCGCAGAAGUUGCCAAAAGGGAGAAGUACCUGCACGUCCUGGUUAACAAUGCCGGCGCGACGUGGGGCGCGACGAUCGAGGAGUUCCCCGAUGAAGCUUUUGCGAAGGUCAUGACGCUCAACGUGCAACGAGUGUUCACUUUGACGCAGAAAUGUCUGCCUCUUCUUCGCGCUGCGGCGGCGCGGGGCAAGCGGGGCGAUAUUUGGGAAGACCCUGCGAGGAUUAUCAACAUUGGGUCGGUAGCUGGUUUGCGCGUGCCGGACUCUGAGAUGUAUUCCUACUCAGCAUCGAAAGCCGCAGUACACCACCUCAGCCGGAACCUCGCCGGCAGGCUGGGCUGGGAGGGCAUUACGAGCAACUCUAUUGCCCCAGGUCCGUUCGAAAGCAAGAUGAUGGCCCACACGCUUCGCACCGCUGGGGAUGCGUUAGUCAGGGGCAUCCCGCUGUAUCGCAUCGGAAGUCCCGAGGACAUCGCGGGGACAACGCUGUUCCUUGCGAGCAGAGCUGGCGCAUACGUCAAUGGGGCUACAAUCAGCUUAGACGGCGGUCGAACGACUCGGAUGACCGGCGGCAAAUGGGUGCACAGUGCUAAACGCCCAUCCGCGAAGUUGUAAUAGUAGACUGAAGAGGUGAAUGGCAAUGCGUAAGAGCAACGGAUCAUGUUGUAGAAGUUGCCAAAACAUUGCAAUACAUACCUGUUAGGAAG